ACCAGUCGCCUACCUCGCGUCAUCCGUGAUAGUCGUGUCUCUGUGUCUACGGUGCCUCUUGCCGAUAUUUGUGCGUCUAUCUGUGAAUGCCUGAUAUUGGAUUGAAACUGUGUGCAGUGUUGCUGGAAAACUAGAGUUUAUGCUGGAAUUUCAUAUUUCGAACAACGAUUAUUGCUGUCACAGCUUACACUUGUGGGAAUCGAACCCACGGCCGUGGAUGCAGAAAGCAGGGUCACUACCCACUGCGCCACGCGGCCGUCAAAUAAAGUCAUACAUAGUUCCUGAUACGCCGUCCCUCGCGGCACCAUAUUAAACAAAUUGUCAGAAUGAUUUUAUGAGAGCGUCGCGACCAGCGUCGCAGCUGACGUCGACAUGGAGUGCUGGCGGUACGUCGCGUGCACGGUCCUGCUCCUGUGUCCUCUGGCCCUCAGCCGGCACGACGACGACUUCGCCUUCGACAACAACGAGGAGUUCCAGGUGGAAUUGACAGCGAAUCAUUCAGAAAUAGCUAAGAAUGGCCUAAGAAGACUAUGGGGUGUUCCUGACACAUCGGCCUACGUGGGACACUUGUUUAGAAUGGAAAUCCCCAAAGAAGCUUUUUCUGGGGAGGUGUUAGCAUAUAAGGUCCGAAGUCAAGACGGUCACCGUCUGCCGAGCUGGCUGGCGGUGGACACGAAGCACGGGCUGGUGAGCGGCGUGCCGCAGAAGCACGACAUCGGCGCACACGCCUUCACCGUCAUAGCGCACGGGCGCACGCGCGGCCUCACCGCCACCGACUCCUUUACUGUUGAAGUAAAGCGAGCCGACGAGAAGCCGCAGUCCAAGUAUGGAACAUGCUUUCGCACCGAGAACAGGCUACAGCUAGUGAUCUUAAUAGACGGAGCUUUUCACAAGAUCUCACACAGACAGCGGAUACGAGCGCUCAUGGAGCUCGCCAGUUUCAUGGCCCUUGAUGGGGAUGAGUUUUGGAUGGAGCCCUACAAAUCCGAAGCGGCUCAGUCUCACAUAGUACUUAUGAGUGGACCGGGCACUACGAAACGAAGACGGAGUGAUGCCACUACUGCCAUUUAUUUAAACGUGGGAUGUGGGGAAAAGUUGUGGUCUCGCCACAAAGUGUUGGUGGCCGGCCUGCGGGAACAGUCUCGUGACGGCACUCUGCAGCAGUUGCUCAACAUGCCCGUCCUCGGAUGGCGACUGGUUGGCAUCAAACCGCUGCCUCGGUUGAAGCGACAGUCGCCACUAGACGAAGGCUCGGGCGUGUACGACAGCUAUGACGGCGACUACGACGCGGACGCGGACGUGGACUACAGCGGCGACGAUGAAGACGAGGACGACGAAUACAACACACAGAUCGACAGCGGAGUCGUGCAGGAAAAAGUGGAAGAGCCCCCCCUACCGCACCCUCACCGCCACCACCACGGCCAGCCCGACUUCGCGCCACACACCACCACCGACACGUUUCAGACCGAGCUCACCGACCCGCCGACGGCGACCCUAACACCCCCAGACACAUCCCAGACAGACCCAAUGACCCACCCAGACUCUCCAAUCCCCGACCCACCCGACUCACCUUCACCCAGUCCCACGUCAGCCGCGACGCUUUCCACAGAGGAACCACGCGAGACCACUCCCGAGUCCGCCACUAUAUAUACCACGGAGGAACACAAAGUCAAGAUUACACCGUACUCAGAGUCCGCUUCUGAAGCCAGCAACGUGGACAUUCAGAAGGAGCCCAUAUCGAUUGACUCUAGAAGGCUCGAAGAACAUUCCCCAGUACUUAUAGUCCCAGAAGAAAUCACUACAAUGGAACCUGAGCCGCAUACAAUUGUAAUCAAAGAGACCAACGAACUUACUCCGCUGUCAUCCGAACCGUCCACAUCGCCGACACCAACCGAAGAAACAGUGACUGCGCCGAUGUCAACGUCCACUUCCACGACGACGACGCCCGUGCCGACAACGGAGACGACGUCCACAACAACGAGUACAACGUCCACGACGACCACGACGACGACGACGCCGACGCCAACAACAACAACAAUUGUCACGACGUCCACAACCGCGGCAACUACAACACCAACGCCAGAGGUUACUACACAGGAAACAACGAAGCAGGAGCCACUGCCAACAACGGAUCGCUCGAGCACGAUAAUCGGUCGCACGACGGAGACGGUUCCAUUCUUCCCCAUACCGGUCAACCAGCCGCCCACACUCAAGCAUCACAUGAAGAAACUCGCUAUUACAGCUGGCAACGCCUUCAGAUACAUAAUCCCUGCCGACUUGUUCACGGACCCCGAGGAGGGCAGCAAUCUCACGUUCACCAUGUACGAAGCAGAGAAUGUACCGCUCAGCAAAAACUCCUGGAUACAGUUCAUCCCCACCGAACGGGAGGUCUAUGGAUUGCCCUUGGAAGCGCACGUGUCUCGCUGGAACUUCAUAGUAGAAGCGCAGGAUAGCGAAGGACUCAUCGCUCGAGGGCCCCUGGACAUCACGGUGCAGCAACACAAAAGCGGACGCACCAUCAACCACCAGUUCAUCAUGCAGUUCAAGCUGCUCAAGCAAUACGACAACACCAUCGACUGGCAGAUACGCGCCUUGGAAGGCAUCGUCAACCUUUUCCGCGACACUGACAUGGAUCACUUGAUCGUUUUGAACGCGACACAAAAUGGUGAUCUGUGCGAAUUUGUCUGGACGAAUGACACUUUGCCGAAGGAUUCCGCGUGUCCCAUCGAUGAUAUUAACAGACUUAUGAAGAUCAUGGAAUCCGACACAGAGCGCGGCAGCCCGUCCGCCGGGCUGGCACGCGCGAUGUCGCCCGAACUCAAGGUGUCGGAGGUGAAGUGGCGCGGCACGGGGCGCUGCGCGGGCGAGCCCGUCGCGGCCACCAGCACGCCCGACACGUACCCGCCCGUCACGCGCAACCAGGUCGACCACGUCACCGCCACUGUCGGACACCUGCUGGUGUACAAAGUGCCUGAGGACACGUUCUUCGAUCCGGAGGACGGCGGCACUCGCAACCUGCAGCUGUCCCUGCGCUUCAGUGAUCGCUCCGACAUCCCCGCCGACAACUGGCUGCAGUUCGACGCGCGCAACCAGGAGUUCUACGGGGUGCCCGCGUCCGGUGACCAGGGGAGCGUGGAGUAUCAGCUGAUCGCUGAAGAUUCGAGCAAAAAGAGUGCAUACGACAGCCUCAUAGUGGAAGUGGCCAAGGCGCCCACCAUCCGGCCCACGGUGGAGUUCCAGAUGACCAUGGACCCGUCGCCCAACCUCGUGGACAGCGCCAGCAACAAGCGCAAGGUGGUGGAGAAGCUCGCCGCGCUCUUCGGUCAGGAGGAGACGGACAACAUCAGGAUAGAGAGCAUAUCUGACAAUCCCACUACCAUCAUAUGGUACAAUACAAGCCUGCCAAUGGACAGGUGUCCCAAACGGGAGAUUGAAGAACUACGAAGGAUGAUCAUAGUCGACGAACGGGGUGCAAUUGGGGGCAAUCUCAAAGAGCAUGUCGACCAAGUGUUCGACAAAGACCUGAAAGUCAUGUCCAUUCGACUCAUUCCUCUAGGUCUAUGUGCGGAACAGAAUACCAAGACUCCCAAAUCGAUGGUGCCAGUGCCCCCUGGACCUAAUCCUCAGAAUAAGGCAACGAACGCCAGUCCGGAGUAUUCAGACUAUUUGGUGACGUUUGUGAUACCUGCCAUUGUGAUUGUGUGCAUGAUCCUCGUGGCCGGCAUCAUUGCGUGCGUGUUGUAUAGAAGACGACGAACUGGUAAAAUGAGCGUCGGCGAUGAAGAGGAACGUCAAGCAUUCCGUUCCAAAGGCAUCCCCGUCAUAUUCCAAGACGAGCUCGAAGAGAGAGCGGACGCUGAACCAGCUGACAAGAGCCCAGUCAUCAUGAGGGAAGAGAAACCCCCCCUGUUACCCCCAGCUCCGGACUACAGACAGGGGGACGACGCCCCCUACCGCCCGCCACCGCCCUUCGCCGCGUCCCGCACCCCUCCGCGUCCGAAAGCCACGCCCACAUACAGAAAACCCCCACCAUAUGUACCGCCAUAAAACUGUUUGAUUAUUUUAGUAUAGAAACCCCGUUUACGUAUACGCGUUAAUAUAGACGUAGCACAAAGCCGGUUAUAACUCAUUAUUUUAUAAUCUACUAACAGUUUCUAUUUCCGUGGGAAAACGGAAAUAAAAUAUAGCCUCGCUGAUAAUGUAGCUUUCAAUUAAUGAAAGAGUUUUUUUAAAUCAGUCUUGUAGUUUUGGAUCCUAUUCAUAACAAACGAAUUCAAACCUAACCUCUUUGAUCUAAGUACAUAUUAAAGUGUAUUUGGAGACCAAUUUUCACAACUCCCAGUUUUUUUGAUGUACAAAGCUGAAAUUUGGCAGGGAGGUAGUUUAAAAUUAGUAGGUAUCCACUAAAAACGGCUACUUAAAGACACCUCCAAUCUUGGAGAUAGACUUAUUUUAAUAAUAAAAGAUCAAAAAUAAUUCUAAUAAACUUAAAUUAUACCCCUCAUUUUUGUAUGUAAUUUGGGUAGUAUAUAUAUUUUUUUAACAGACACCUAAAUGAAAACUUUGUAUUGGUUUGACGAUGUAUUCGAAGUAUACUCAAAGGCAUUAUCCGCCCACUUUAAUAAACUCUCGUCAUAUUAAAGUGGACGGAUAAUUGUGCCUUUGAAUAUAUAAAUCCAUUACACAGCCUUUGCCUACGUCUAUAUACGUAAACAGCCAAAAACGGGCAAACAAAUUAUAUCUUAAAUUUGUCUAUAAGGAAACUAGUCGACCCAUUCGUUUCAGCUACUCGAUUUAUUCGUUAAUUCGAUUAUUUUCAUCGGUUAAGUUAUUUUUACGAGCAUUUAAUGAAAGGUGUGUAAUAAAGGAUAAUUGAAAAAUCAUGCAUUUAUUACGGAAAAAUAAUAAAAUUAAGACAACGUUAACGAACCUCAUAUCGACUAAAAAAGGAAUUGUGCACAAUUAUACGUGACUACGAAUUUCUUGUAAUAUAGUGACGUCACGUAGUUUGAGAUAUAUAGGUGUAAUGUAUGGAUGUUGUGUUGGCGUGAACAGUUUAAAUUGUUAGAUAAUGUCCUGGAUUCCAUUCCCAUCUCGGUCAAUAUUGGUUCUGUUUUCUAAAUAUAUUUGUCUGGUUUUUAUAUAUUUCAAUCGACGCCAUUUAGCGUACCAGUCAAAGAUUUUAUACAAUAGAUAUGUCACUCAUUCAUCAUCAUCAUUAUCAACCCAUAUUGGGCUCACUGCUGUGCUAAAUAUUGUCUACGAUGUCAAGUUGAGUGUUUAGUAAGUGUAAAAACUAUAUAUACUUGUAAGUAAAUACAAAUUGUGCAUUUGUGCGCAUAUUGGACUAGCUAGAUUCGGGUCUAUUUUUGCAUUGAUUUUGUAGGCGCAUAACAUAUCUAAUAGUAGAAAAUCUUUGGUACCGGUACGAUGUAAAAGUAGAGGUAGAAUUAACUUCUACCUCCUCCAAAUUACCCUGUAACCGUCUUAAUAUAUCGUAACUUAACAUGACGUGAUAUCUUAGUCUACGGUUAUCUUACCGUUUGAUAACAAAAAUACCUUAAAAUCUAUCUACUAUAUAAAAAUAAGUCAGGUUUUCCUUCCUGACGCUAUAACUCCAAAACGCACGAACCGAUUUCCACGGUUUUGCAUUCGUUGGAAAAGUCUCGGGCUUCAUGAGGUUUAUAGCAAAGAAAAUUCAGGAAAAGGUAGGGGUAGGGUAGGGGUAUUGAAAGUUUACAUCGAGUUUCACGCGGACGAAGUCGCGGGCGUCCGCUAGUUACUCAUAAAUAUUCGACAGUUACUGAAGACAUUAUCUAAUGAUUUAAUACUUCAAACAAAUUGAGAAAUUCAUGAUAAAUAUUACUAGAAUGUUAUUGUUGGUAUAGGUGAUGUUACAUUAGCACAUUAGGUAUUGUCGUUUUACAAAAUAUUACAAUUGGUAUGUAAUCUUUAAAUUGUGGUAAAAAUAACGUAUUGAGAGAAAUUGGUGUAUCGAUGUUUUUGUAAAAAAAAAUAAAGUUCGAUAAAAUCUAAACACUAUUAAAGCUAAUUCGUAAAAUGUAUCCGACUGCCAUUUAAAUUGAUAUUGUAAGCGUAAUAUACGAAAUAAUCGAAGGUGACGGUUUGAAAAAAAAUAAUAAAAUACACUAAACAAUGGUAGACAUACAUUGGUAACAUUUCAUGCCACUCUGUAUGGCAACCCUAACACAUUACCAAUAAUUCCGCAAUGGAAAAUUUAAUCCCAACUUGGGUCAAUUUAUCAAUUAUAUUUUCUUAAUUGAGUCAGAUCUGGUCUAAUAUUAGGGUUAUUAGGGUCGCCUAUCGCUCGAAUUAAUAACCAUAAUUGAACGAAUGAAUGAGUGAUGCAGAUCAAUGUAUCUGUCUACGUUUUUUGCUACUGCGUUGGGUAAGGUGUUGCCAGUGUAUUUCAGCCACAACAGUUCUUUAGAAAGUUGGCUAAAUACGUGCCAUUGUUCAAGAAAAAAUUGUUAUGUAAUAGUAAUUGUAAUUUUAAAAAACAUAUCGAAAAUGUAACAUUAGCCUUUAGAGUAGUUCUUCCACACACAAUAUAUUAUAGGCUAUGUAUGUGUGUAUGUUACAGUAGAACACUGAAUGAUGUAGAGAGAUUGUGGACAAAGACUUGGGCACACGUUUUUAUCUCUGUUUAUGAGACUCCUUUGCCUUUGCCUUUCACUUAAAGGCUUUAGAUUCGCUCCGUUUAGGAGCGUUGUCGGUUAAUAUUUGUGUAACGGCGAAUUUUUGAUACGAUUACUCUGUAGUCUUUGGUAUUCUUUACUUCGGAGGAAUUAACAUUGUUAAUUACGUAUAUGGACAACUAAGCAGGGUGAUACGUCCGAUAAUUCGCCAAUAUAUUAGCCGAUGAAUAAUUUUAAAAUGCUUUCACGCUACACAAAUUUUAUAAAUCGUGGGUUGUUGCGGAAUAUUCAAUUAGUUGGCGUGUACAUUAUUAUAAUAAUACUAGUAUAACAAUAAUGUGUUAUAUACAACUGACUUUAGUUUUAGGCUACGAAUAGAUAUUUUUUAAGAAUAAAGGUAUCAUUUUGUACUUGUCUAAUUAUUACCAUAGGUGUAAGAAUAAUCAAAUUAUGUAAACGAUAGGGACUUUAAACGAAAUGAGCUAUGAAAUAUUUUUUUCUUUGGAUGUAUUUUUUUCUAUUGUAUAGUAAUUUAGAAUUUUUGCAUUUAUAGAUCUUUUUAGCCUUAUACAAUUUUUAUAGGACAGCUCAUUGUACUGAUUGUGAACAACUGAAUAUUUGUUUAAUAAUAUUAUGUUCAUUUCUUAGUAGUUGUACUUAAUAAUGUCCACACAAAACCGAACCAUGUUACUAUAAUUUUAUAGUAUUGUCUAUGACAGCUAUUUUGUUCAAACACCACACUUCUAAACGCACAUAAUUUAUGUAAUUAUUGAGUUUUUUAUUCUAAUUUAAUAAAAUGGUCUAGUGAA